AUGGCACUGCUCGUCCAGAUUCACCACAGCAUCGGCCUCACCAUGUCUGAUGUCGCCGUGCCAAGUAACCUGUACACAGACCAAGAAAGGGAAGAUAUCAAGAGGCUGUUGCCACACAUCUUAGACAGCUUGUACGAAGCUGAUGAGAAGAUUGUGUUGCUGGCCAUACAGAUCCUCCUACACUUUGUCCAUUCAAUGGAUUUCUCCACUCUGACUGUCAUGAUGAGGACACUGUUCUCCUUGUUUGGUGAUGUGAGGCCUAAUGUUCAUCGUUUCUCCAUGACCCUCUUUGGAGCCUCUGUCAAAUCUGUGAACUACUCGGAUAAGAAAGGGAUAGAGAACCAAGUCUUGGACAGCCUGGUCCCACUACUUAUGUAUUCUCAGGAUGAAAAUGCUGCAGUAGCUGAGGAGAGCAGGCAAGUCCUAGGUGUAUGUGCCCAGUUCCUGAAGUGGAGGCUGCCCCAAGCGGUGUACUGCAAAGAUCCCUGGUACACCAAACCGAAUAAAGUUGGAACAAUCUGCAAAUUCUUUGGGAAAAAAUCGAAGGGGAAAAUUAACAUCCUAGCCCAAACAUUGAUGUACGCCAAGCAUACAAAACUUCCCAUCCGAAGAGCAGCAAUAUUGUUUGGGCCCUACCAAAGUACAUGGAUCACAGUGAGCUCAAGAGGAAGGGUACAGACUGGAUGGAGGAAGAUCUGAGAGAGAUGCU